GUCAGUUAUUUAAUGGUAGAGAUCUUGCGCUCUUUUUUCGUCCAGCGGCGUGAAUGGUUAUUGACAUGCACUGUAAAUACAUUUACUAUCUGUUAAUGCUGUGUAUUGUGCUGAGGUCAAACUGGUCACGCGAGCAGUUUCGUAAUACAUCCGUGAUGUCAUAACAAUGACGACAGCUCAGUGACGCAAGCAGGUUGGUGACACAGAUGUGCAGCAAUGAAUGGCUCCAGACUGAACUAGUGUCAACAUCUGGAUGACUAGACGCUCGCGAUGCGGAUAUCAUCCGAGAGCAGCGACGCUCGUAUCUUAUAUUGAUGCUUCGUGUUUAUUGAUCACAGGUCGAUUAUUGGCGGUGAUAGCGCUCGUGCGUUCGUAGCUAGGCUCGCGGUCUCGUCAUGCUUCAGCUGGGAGAUGAGCUCGCGCUGUUCUCGGUUGUCUUCGUCGUGGUUCUGCUGGGAACCAGGAGCGCCGUCUGGCCCACGGUGCUCACGGCCUCUCUCUACCUCUUUCUGGUGUUGUUCCGGUUCCCACAGGUCCCCCCCAGCCGGGCCAGACAGGUUCUCCGGCCCGCAUCCGGCGCGUCAGCGGUGGCGCACCGCGGCGGAGGACACGACGCCCCCGAGAACACCAUCGCUGCUAUACGCGCGGCGAGUGAGAAUGGAGCCAUGGGUGUGGAGCUGGACCUGGAGUUCACGGCUGAUGGGGUUCCCAUACUGAUGCACGAUGACACCGUGGACCGAACCACGAACGGAUCGGGGCCACUGAACAAGCUGCUCUUCUCUGAAUUGCGCAAACUGGACGCAGCGGCCAAACACAGACUCAGUGAGCGUUUCCGAGGUGAGAGGGUGCCAACGCUGCAGGAGGCUGUAGAGGAAUGCAUCAAGCGCCAGCUGACCGUCUACUUUGACGUGAAAGGGCAUCCAGAUGAGGCAGCUGCGGCACUGAAAGAGUUAUUCCAGAAGUAUCCGGUGCUCUACAACACAAGCAUCGUCUGCUCAUUUGAGCCCAAAGUCAUCUAUAGGAUGCGGCAGGCGGAUCCUAAUGUGGUGACCGCACUGACCCAUCGGCCGUGGAGUCUGAGCCGGUUUGGCGAUGGGACGCCGCGGUUCUCGUCCGCGUGGAAGCACCACUGGAUGCAGGUGCUGGACGUGCUCCUGGACUGGGCCCAUCAUCACCUGCUGUGGAACCUGUGUGGAGUCUCCGCCUUCCUGGUGCAGAAGAACUUCGUCUCGCCGGACUAUGUGCAGUACUGGGCGGCCCGAGGUGUAGAGGUGGUGGGCUGGACGGUGAACACGGCGGUGGAGAAGCAGUACUACCAGCAACUACUGAAGAUCAACUACAUCACUGACAGUCUCGUAGAGGACUGUGAACCUCACUACUGAAACACCACACUGUACAAUCGCUAGUUUAAGCCUUUUAAUAUUCAAGCUACUAAACCGUUCUGCUUGACUCGAAAUAUUGAAGUAUGUGUCUGUAAUGAACUGCUCUGAUUUAGGCAGCAUGCUGUAGAGACUUGAAACUUACAGGGUAACAGAGUGCUUUCAUUGUGUGAGAUGUAUAAUACGGGAGAUAGAUAUAUCUCAGUGUUCAAAUGUACUGUACACACACACUCAGGUGAGCCAAUUUGACAAUAUAGGUAUUACGUUAUUAUUUUAUUUCCAUUUUAAUGGCAUGACAUUUAUGAGGAAAGUAAUUAUUCAGUAGACCUGAUACUUUUUUUACUGCUACUUUGAGUAGAAACAGCAUUGGAUAAAUUGUGUAACUACAAAGUAUUCAGGCUAAUGUAUGGCUUUUCUCUUAUUCAUGAAAGAGAGAUAGUUGUGUAUUCCUUCCUAUUUGGGUUCAUUUCAUGUUUAAAGGUCUGGUGUUGAUAGCUGAUGAACUUGUUAAACUACACUCUGUAGUCAUACCUACUUUAAGAGGGGUCAAUAAACGUAUAAGCAAUAGGUCUUGAUCUGAGGUAAGAUCUCAGGCAGCUAUCAGACACCAACCUUACAUUUGAUACAUAAAUACUAAUUCAGGAUAACAGCAUGCUUUGGUUUUCUCUGGUGUUAUUACUUAAAUAAAAGUAUUAAGUUAUUAAUUAACA